UAAAAUAACCAUCGACCACACCGUACAAGGAGGAAGCACAUAUUUAUGAUUUGAAGGUGAAGCAGACAGAAUCCUCUCUUCCCAGUAUUUAUCCCUAAGCAUUGGGAUUGUAAUUUGGUUCGUUGCAACUCAAUUCAACCCACUAAUCACACACCAUGCAGGCCAGUGAUAGGUUUAACAUCAACUCUCAGCUCGAGCAUCUCCAAGCCAAAUAUGUUGGAACUGGUCAUGCCGAUUUGAACAGAUUUGAGUGGGCAGUGAACAUUCAACGUGAUAGCUAUGCAUCAUACAUUGGCCACUACCCUUUACUGGCAUACUUUGGUAUUGCUGAAAAUGAAUCUAUCGGAAGGGAACGCUAUAGCUUUAUGCAGAAAAUGCUCCUGCCUUGUGGUUUGCCUCCCGAAAGAGAAGAGGAUUAAUCACACAGUACAAUUUAUAUAGCCUGUGACAUUUUAUUGUGCUGUGUUAUCUGAUGGAAGAAAUAGAUGGUUGUGACCUUGAUUUAUUGUAGUGAUCUGUCUUUAGCUUGUGGAUGCUUAAGUAGUUGUUAUGGAGCUUGGAAAAUUUUCAAGAUAUGUCAAGUUUAAUUUAUUCUUGAAUCUGAAUUUUUUGUCUGUGUUUCUUAAAUGGUGGCCCUUUAAAUUGAACGAA